CCCACAUGUAGCUGCUGUGUUUCCACCCAGCACUGAUUCAACAUGUGAACCACCGGGGUGAUGCUGUGAAGAUGAUGAAGGACUCAUAGCUGCUGAUUUGGGGGAUUUUAUUUCAAUCAAACACUGCUGAUAUGAAACUCAUGGAAUAUGGAUCUGAUAUGGAUAUGUUGCAAAAUCCUACUUUUUCUGAGUGUUUGUGUGAAUUCAUCUCUGCCUGAUGGCGAGGACGCCUCCUGUGAUGGAGCGUUUGAUAUUUAUUUUGUUUUAGACAGGUCAGGCAGUGUGUUUGGACACUGGCAUGAGAUCUAUGGAUUUGUGGAGCAGCUCACGAAUAGGUUUGUCAGUCCCAGGAUGAGAGUUUCCUACAUCGUCUUUUCAGCCAAAGCGGUUGUUAUACUGCCACUAACUGGAGACAGGUCGAAGAUAGACGAAGGUUUGGAGAAGCUGAGCCAAAUCAAACCGGCUGGUGAAACUUACAUGCACGAAGGCAUGAUGGCGGUGUCCGAGCAGAUGAAGGCACAAACUUCGCCAUCAUCGAGCAUCAUUAUUGUUCUGACUGAUGGCAAGCUGGAGGUCUUCCCCUAUGAACUGACUGUACAGGAGGCUGAUAAAGCCAGAGGGUUUGGAGCCAGAGUGUACUGUGUCGGGGUCAUGGACUUUGACCACAAACAACUUGCUGAAAUAGCAGACAGCACAGAACAAGUCUUCCCUGUGCUGUCUGGGUUUCACGCCCUCAAAGACAUUGUCAACAAGAUCCUGAAGCAGACAUGCGCAGAUGUAUUCAUAAUAGAGCCGUCAAGCGUUUGUGUGAAUGAGUCUUUCGAUGUGGUGCUGAGGGGCAGCGGCUUCAGUGGAUCUAAGAGGACAGACAACGUACUUUGCUCCCUCACUGUCGACGAAAUGACAUAUGACCAGAAGCCCAAACUAGUCAGAGACGGUUAUCUGCUGUGUCCAGCUCCCGUUCUGCACAACGUCGGACAAUCAAUAGAAGUACUGGUCAGCCUUAACAACGGACAGUCCUUCAUCUCAAGUCCCAUCAAAAUUUAUGCCACAACGUGUUCAGAUGGGACCUGGGUGCUCUGGCUCCUGUUGGCUCUGUUGCUGUUAGUGGCUCUGGCCUUAUUCUGGUGGUUCUGGCCUCUCUGCUGCACUGUGGUGAUCAGAGACCCACCUCCCUCUCGCCCACCUCCUCCACCUCCUGUCAUUGAGCCAGACGAAGAUCCUUUACCCAAACACAGGUGGCCUACAGUGGAUGCCUCUUACUAUGGAGGCAGAGGUCCUGGGGGAAUCAAACGCAUGGAGGUGCGUUGGGGGCAGAUGGGGUCCACAGAGGAAGGGUCACGGCUUGAGAAAGCCAAAAAUGCUGUGGUCACUAUGCCUGAGGGAGUAGACGAGCCCUUUGUGCCCCGACCCCCACCACGACCUCCUCCUGUCUACACCCCCACACCACAGUCCAAAUGGUACACUCCCAUAAAGGGCCGUUUUGAUGCAUUGCGGGCCUUACUGCGGAGACAGUACGACAGAGUGGCUAUCAUGAGGCCAACACCUCAGGAUAAAGGCCGCUGCAUUAACUUCACCAGAGUGCAGAGUCACUGAUGUUCAAACACGAGGAUCAACACUUUUCACCUUAUUCCAGUUUCUGACCAAAGAUGAAUAACAUGCACAUUCAGAGAUGAUUGUUUGGUUUUUGUGUUGAUGUUUUUUGUAAAUAAAUGUAUUUACUUAUA